CCGACCGAGCCCUUCUCCCUUCUCCCUUGCGUGGGUUCGCCUCGCUCGCUUGCUUGCUGCCGCCGCCAGUUACCAGUAGUACGGCACACGCCUCGGCCCCGGCCUCGUCACGGCGGGCCAGGACCAUGGGCGCCGCCGCCGCCGCGGGCCGCCUACUAGUACGAUCUCCAUCGCGCGCGCCGGGAUGAGCGCCAGGGCCGGGCCGGAUCCCAACUCCGACAAGUCGGUCGCGUGGCCGGACCUCCGGGGAAGCCUCGAGCGGGCCGGCGCCCUCGCCGCGGAGCUCGCGGCCGCGGCGGAGGAACGGGCACGCCUGGCGCGCCGCCUCGAGGCCGCGCUCGAGGUGAGGAGGGAGUCGGUGCGGCAGGGCGCGGCGCUGGACGAGCUGAGCCGGCGGCUGGAGCGGCGGCGGGCGCGCGCGGACGAGCUCGCCGUCGCCAGGCGGAGGGCCGCCGAGGGCGUGGAACGGCGCAAGGAGCAGAUGCAGGCGCAGAUCGAGCGGGUGCUGCCGCUCUCCAGGGCCCUCGCCGCCGCGCACCGCCAAGUGCAGGAAGCCAAAGAGUUGAAAUCCGCGGAGAAGGCGCGGCUUGGGGAUCUGCAGAGGCUGCUCAGGACGAGGCAGCAGUCCAUGGUAGCCCAGGUCGCCGCCCUGUACCCUGUCAGGGUCUUCCGAGACCUGCCGGCUGCAGAGAACCACCAUUCCCGUACCAAUGGAGAGUGCCGAACACCUUUGGAAGAGAAUGGGGCACUUCCGCAAGAAAUGAAUGGAAAUGGAAGACAUUUACUCAGCAUUAUCAAAUCUCCACAUGUUGGCCCCUUGACAUUUUUUGGUUGGCAAAUUGGAAAGCCCAAGACAAAGCAGCCAAGUUACAGUCACAAGGAGCUUCAGAGGUCAGCAGCUGUGCUUGGAUAUGCAGCACAUGCAGUCUUGCUUAUUGCUUCAUAUCUUGACAUUCCCCUCCGAUAUCCUUUGCGCUUUGGAGGAUCACGAUCUUAUGUUGGUGAUCGUUUGCCUUCAGCUGAAGCAUCAUCCAUGGGUUCAACGGAACAUCGAAGGGUCGGCAGCGCUGACUCAAAACUAACAGAUUAUCCCCUUUUCUUGGAAUAUCAAGAUGACUUGACAAAGGCAUCCUACGCCAUUCACUUGUUGCAAAAGGAUACGGAGCAGCUCUUGAACUACAUCGGAGCAGAGAGUUCUGGGAGGAAUGCAUUUGGUAAUCUGCGGGAGCUUAUUAGGAUUGUACAGUCAGAUGAGUAUCUGUACAUAUGAUUAGAUUUGGUGAUCAUCGUGAGUUUGGAUCGCAUAUGCUGUAUAGAUAGAUAUAUGGUAGAAUACAGGUUUAAGUAGGUAUUCUUUCUGUUCUUUUGUGUGAUUCUGCCUACUCUCGCCGUGCCGAGUUUUUGUAUGCGCAGCAAAGAGCAGCACUGGGUUGUGCUAGAUCAAUGGUAUUUACAGAUGGGGUUUUACAUGAGCAUAAAAGCCUCUCUCCCAUGUACUCCCUCCGUCCGGAAUUACUUGUCGCAGAAAAGGAUGAAAAUGAAUGUAUCUACAACUAAAAUA